AUGAACGACGCUUCCGAAGAGUCUGUUGCUGAGACACGAAUACGCGACCGUCAGACCGGCUCUGCUCGCGACGUUUUCAACCCGCCACUGUUCGAUGUCACCAUGGGAGACUCGGAGCUUCUUGCGGAUUCGUAUACGCAGCAGCUCCUGUUCGGGAUGAACGGCCCAGAAUACAACUUCCUAUGGGGCGACGCGCAGUUGCAGAGUCCGUUCCUGUCAUCCAACCUGUUCAACACUGUUUCACUCCCCGUUACGAACACGCCGCUAACAGACUAUACGACAUCGUCCAACGCACAUGGAAACGACGUAGCAUCGUCUUCCUCCUUGGCCUGGGGGCCCCAAGAGCCCUCGCCUUUUGAGCACCAGCCACCAGAGCCCCCGUUGACGGAAUCUCAGUCCGCUUUCGCCACUAGACUGCCCUCGAUGGAACCAGAGAAGCCGGAGCUGAUACCUGCAAUGGCCGCGCUCGAUGACGAGAACCCAUCGAACCCCCAAGUUCAACUGGUGAGACGGACCGAGACCGUUCGUCCCUGGAAGAUAUCCCCGGCCGACUACAGCCAGAUCCUUCGAGACUCCGCCACGCUUCGGGAUGGCCUUCCGGGCCCAUUCUCCCUUCCGUCGAAGCACAUGCUCUCGCGUUUCCUGGAAGGCUACUUCCGCGGCUUCCACGUCCACCUGCCACUGCUGCAUUGCGUGACCUUCUCCGCCGCGCGCGUCGGCCUUGAGCUCCUGCUCUCCAUGGCUGCCGUUGGCGCCCUCUAUCGCUACGAGCAUGCUCAGGGGUACAGACUCUACGGAGCGGCACGGUCCUUGAUUACCUGGCGUCUCGCGCGGAGGGACACGCUAGUCCUUCAGCGGCUGAUGAACGGCGAAGCAACGUACGUUGGGCACACCCGUUUCCAGAACAGGUCUGCAGAUAUCGACAACACGGCCCUGGGCGAUGAGGUUGCCGGAGAUUCAGGGGAUAGAGAUAAAGUGGAUCUCCGGACCUUACAAGCCAUGGUGGUACUGACGGCGAUGGCUUCGUGGGGCCACCGUGAUCUCACGCGGGACGCUCUGGCAAUGUCAAGCCAAGUCGCCAUGCUCGCCCGUGACUUGGGAAUAUCCAAACCCGAAGAGCACUCACCUCCAGGCACACCGUGGAAAGAAUGGGUUCAGCAGGAAGAGCGCCGUCGCACCCUCUUUGUGGCGUACAGCCUUCUGAACCUACAAUCCGUGGCCUUCGACACGGCGCCACUGAUCCUGAACCGCGAGGUUGCCAUCAGACUGCCCGGCUGCGCGUCGACGUGGGACUCGCUCAACCCGACCGACUGGUCCACGCUGCGAGACAAAUGCUUGCCGCCGCAGCCGUUUCGGAAGAAGCUGCAGCAGUUGCUAUCGGGAGAGCAAAUCCAUCUUGAGGCGGCGAUCUCGUCUUUCGCGAACCAUGUGCUCAUUCACGGCCUGGUUCAGCACAUUUUUCUCGCUCGCAACAGCUCCGCGAACCGAGAUGCUUUGGGCGGCGAGUUCAUCAGCAAGAUGGAAUCUUCACUGCGUGCCUGGCAGGAAUCCUGGGAGGCGACUUAUGAAUCCACGACAGACCCCUCGUCUCCUAAGGGGCCCAUGGGAUUCAACGCGACCGCCAUGCUGCGGCUGGCCUAUAUCCGGCUGAACGCCGACCUCGGUCCCGCUUGUCGGCUCCUUGACCUUGAUUCCAGGGACGUAGCCGCGGCCUUCUUCGCGGCGAAGCACACAAUCGGCGUCAAGGACAGAUCCCCUCAACUGGACAGGGCCGUGCUGCAGUGUGCUCACGCGCUGAGCAUUCCAGUCCGUGUCGGCGUCGCCUUCGUGGCGCGUACGCAGCCCCUGACCUGGAGCAUACAACAUGCCUUGUGCAACCUGGAGUGCGCAUUUUUUCUGGCGCGGUGGCUUCUGCUCGUCUCCGAGUUCGUCAAAGGCUCCGGAUUCGAUUCUCUACGGGAAGACGAGCGGAGGCUGGUCAACAUGGUUGCGAGCCUGGUGCAAGAAACGGAGUUUGCGGACUCUUUGGACGGAGUCCGGAGCCAUGCGCUUCUAAUCAGCGGUCUGGCUGUUUCGACCACUCGGCUCUGGGCCCAGACGUUCAAGGGUUCCCACGUGUUUGACAUCGUUCGGCUCGUCGGGGACGGCUUGGCAAUAUUGGCCGAAACACUGGAGAGUGAAGCAUCGGUCGAGGAUCCGAGCCGAGUCGCGCUACCUCAACCAUGA